UCACGAACUCUUUUGUUCGGUUCCAAACGCGUUCACAACCGAUCUGGCAAAAUGCCGUAUUACGAGCAACGCGUUGAUCAGUCGAGAAAGAAAUCAUUGAAAAUGUUGCAUAGUUCAUUAGAUAAUAAACUUGUUAAAAAUUUGUAGAGAUUUAUAAGGUUUAUUGUUAUCGCAUGUUUACGCUGCUAUAAUGUAAAUGAUAUAGAUAAUACCAUAUAAGGAAUCGAAUAGUUGGAUAGAAAAAUAUAGUUAUCGAUAUUUGAGUCCGAUAGUGCGCAUUAAUCGUCGUAAAAUUCAAUAUUCUAUGUGAUAUCGAUUACGCGAUAUCAUAAAUGUUUUCUUUUCCGAAGCUGACGGUAUGAAUGUGCAAGCAACAGGUGUCUUUUUUUAGUCCGCUUUUAAAUCAGUUUGAACCAAUAAAAAAAGACAUUUACUGGUAAAAAUUUGAUAUGCCGUUUAUCACAUCGAGGGCACAACAUAUUCACCCCUUCUCUGCCUAUCAUUAUUACGGUGCCAAUAAAGAUUCGAUAAGUACUUGUAGCAGUCAUAUAUAAAUUACAACCGGUAGAAUUUAACAGGCAUCUGGCCUUUGCUCUCAGUAACAUUUGGUAUUAAAUUCGAGCUGCGAGCAAAUAAGAUGUUAUUUUUCUUUUCCACUCGAUAAUAAUUAAAAAUAUUGAUACUUUUUCGCGAUAACGGCGCUGUCUUUGGUAAUACGAAAAGUGCGAUAAUUAUUUCGAUGACACAGAAGAAAUUUUAAUUCCUUACGAUUGUUACACUUGAAUUUCGAAAAACGUCGUCAGAGGCGUCGUAAUCUGCUUAUCGAAUGUCUCACGACCAUAUGGCACACAUAAUGAAUUCGUCAGGUGGACACAUGGCCGGUGAUAGUCAUGCAUUCCAUAGGGAUAUGGAUCAUUCGAAUAUACACGAAAAUGUGCAUGCGUCUAUGGAUCAUCAGCAUAUGAACCAUGGAAGUAUGGAUCAUACUGCUCAUACUGGUCAUACCGCUGAAGCGUGCGCUAAUAUGGGGAUGCAUGGUAUGUUGAUGACGUUUCAUGGAGGGUACUGUGAAAACGUAUUGUUCGAAUCCUGGAAGAUCUCGUCGAUCGGAGGUCUCGUUGGUUCGAUGAUUGGUAUUAUGAUUAUGGCCGCACUUUACGAAGGCUUGAAGUAUUAUCGUGAAUACUUGUUUUGGAAAACGUACAAUGCACUCCAAUAUCGAAGUGUCACGAUGCCUCAAGAAAAGAAUGUCGUGGCCGAGGAUAAUCGAGUCGUGCAUAUGGUUGGAGAAGUAAUUCACAAACAACCGCCCACAAUGUUAUCAUGGAUGCAUACAUUUCAAACAUUGUUACACAUUGUGCAAAUAGUGCUGUCCUAUUUUCUUAUGCUGAUCUUUAUGACGUACAAUGUUUGGUUGUGUUUUGCUGUAGUGUUUGGUGCAGCAAUUGGUUACUUCUUAUUUGGAUGGAAAAAAUCUGUUAUCGUAGAUGUUACAGAACAUUGUCACUAGCUAACUAUAUGUUUUACAAUGUAUUGUAUUUUUCACGAUAAAAAUGUACAUAAGUGUACAUUGCCACAAAGUUCAUAUUGCUCAGAGGAACUUUGAAAUAAUGACAUAUAAUAGACACGUGCAGGAAGUAUAAUUGUCCUAAAUUUGUAUUUACAGAAAUAUAUAAAGGAAAAGUUUUUAAUUUAAGUUUAUUCCUAUGCAUAGUUAUUUUAUGCAUACAGAAUGCAACUUAUAGUUGCUCGUUAAAAAAAAUAGCAUGAUUUAAUCAUUAUUGCAUAAAAAAUAUCUAUAAAAUGCAAAUUUGUAUACAAAAAUACUGGAAGAUUGAAUCUUUGAUUUGAACAACUAUAACACACUUAAUUUGUAAAUAUUGUUAUGAAGUUCGAAAAUGAAAAAGUACCACAAAAUACGCGCACACUUUUCUCCAAACUUUUACACGUUUAAUUUUUUUAUUACAACGUAUUUUAUAAAUAUUUACUCUUUUUAAUCGAUUGUAAUGUUUGAGAAAAAGUGUGUAGUAAUAUCUUAAGCGUCGCAUACAUUAUGAUGUAUCGUUACAAUAUAACGUUAUCGACGACUGUAUUAUUUAAAAUUAUUUUAGCAACUAUUUUUAUUUGUAAAGUGUAAGAGAAUAUAAAUAUAAAUUCAUUUGUGUAAUUAAAAUUCUAAUUAAGGUAUCAAUGACACUUGAUCAAUACAUUUUAUCAGUUUUAAACAAGCAUGAAGCAUUUUUAUUUUUCCUGAAAAAUCGAAUUUUAAGCUUAUAAAAUUCUGUAAAUGUAGACACAAAUUAUUAUUUAAAAUGUAUUAUAAAAAUCUUGGCUGCCAUUUUGACAAGUAUAAGAUAAUAAUAAAUAAAGUGUUGUAUAAUAAAUGCAACACAUAUUGUACAGAAAUGAUUUUUGUAAAAUCAUUAAGAAAACUCGUGUAGAACUGAUGACGUAUAACACAAUUCAUAAUUAAUAAAAUUAAUCGUUUAUAUACUAGAACAGUUGGUCAGACACUUCCAUCUUGAUAUGGUUAAAUUCUAUAUGCUAUUUGCACCUGAACCAACACAUUAUUCUGUAAGAUGCCAGAGAUUUAUAUAUCUCACAUGUAGCUAUACAAAAAGCACCAGCAUGCAUGUCACGUUUAUAAUCAAUGCGAACCGUUUUUCGUUGGAAAUAAUCUUUAAAUUACAAUAAUAUUGUAUACUACUUAUUUCUUUGCAUGUAAAGCAUUACUAAAGUAUCAAGUAACUUUUGCAUAAGUUACAGUACUUUAGAAAUGCGUUUCAUACAUGUAAGGUUGUACAAAAAGCUUUAUUUAAUGUGUUUAUAAUACUAUUAAUUUUGUAGGAAAAUCUUUAAACAUCGACU